AUCUUGCGCAGAUUGGGUACUGUACAUGGCCAUUGAUGCUCCCGGAUAGAUGUAGCCCCUGAUGUAAAUAAGAAUGGCGACGGCAGCGGGUUUAACGUGCGGCGCAAUCUCUGCUUGACGUCGGAACAUUUUACGCCAAACGUCGGGAUUUUAUAAAAAAAAACAACAACAACAAGGAAAAACACUAGGGGGGGGGGGCUUUUUUUUCUUCUCCUCGUUUUUCAUCCGAAGCUGCCUUGAAUAAGCUCAGCCCGAUGAUUUCCACUUGACACAAGAGCCACAGCGGACCGGCGGCUUCUUCUAAUAAACACUCGGGACAAACAGGUCAUUAUGACCUUAGCAUCCUCCAGUGCAAGAAAACCAUCGGAUUGCUUCUACGCGGCAGCAUUCUGCUUGCAUUUGUCGCUUUGGAUUUCGUGCGCCGUGUCCGGAGAGGAGGAUCAUCACUUCAGCGUUGAGCGAUGGCUACAGAGGUACGGCUACCUUCCCCGCACAGAACCGGGGAUGUCCGUCCUGCGCUCGGCCCAAACCAUGCACUUAGCCAUUGCCGCCAUGCAGCGCGUCUAUGGCCUCAAUGUCACCGGGACACUGGAUGAGAGAACCAAGGGUGACAUCACGCUGAGUUGGAUGCAAAAGCCUCGCUGCGGCGUGCCGGACAAAUUCAAAGGUGCCGCGAGGUCACGGAAGCGGAGGUACGCGCUGACAGGACAGAAGUGGCAGCGUACGCACAUCACCUACAGCAUAAAAAAUGUCACGCCCAAGGUGGGCGGCCGCGAGACCCACGACGCCAUCCGGCGGGCGUUCGACGUGUGGCAAGGCGUGACCCCGCUCCGCUUCGAGGCCGUCCCGUACAGCGCGCUGGAGACCGGCAGGCGCGACGUGGACAUCACCAUCAUCUUCGCCUCCGGUUUCCACGGUGACAGCUCGCCCUUCGACGGGGAGGGGGGAUUCCUGGCCCACGCCUACUUCCCGGGCCCGGGCAUCGGAGGCGACACGCACUUUGACUCGGACGAGCCCUGGACCCUGGGGAACCCCAACCACGACGGUAACGACCUGUUCCUGGUCGCGGUGCACGAGCUGGGCCACGCCCUCGGCCUGGAGCACUCCAACGACCCCACUGCUAUCAUGGCUCCCUUCUACCAGUACAUGGACACGGAGAACUUCAAACUACCUCACGAUGACCUCCAGGGCAUCCAGAAGAUAUACGGUCCAGAAAAACCUUUCGUCUUUUUAGGUCCACCAGAUAGGGCGCCGCAGCCUACCAGGCCGCCGCCCACGGUCCCUCCUCCUCGCUUCCACCCUCCCUCAGACCCCCGUAAACACGACCGCCACGCCAGACCCCAUCGCCCUCCGCAGGGGGCCAAGCCCUUCAACCCCAACUCCAAACCCAACAUCUGCGACGGAGGCUUCAACACGCUGGCCAUCCUCCGUCAGGAGCUGUUCGUCUUCAAGGACCAGUGGUUUUGGAGGGUACGGGACAACUCCGUCGUCCCCGGUUACCCCAUGCAGAUAAACUACUUCUGGAAGGGAUUGCCUCCCAAAAUUGAUGCCGUGUAUGAAAAUAGCGAAGGAAAGUUUGUCUUUUUCAAAGGGAACCGUUUCUGGGUCUUCAAGGACACGACUCUCCAGCCUUCGUACCCUCAGGACAUCUCGCUGUUCGGCAGCGGCAUGCCCACCCAGAGCAUCGAGACCGCCGUCUGGUGGGAGGACGUCGCCAAGACCUACUUCUUCAAAGGAGACAGGUACUGGAGGUACAACGAGGACAUGAGGACCAUGGAUCCGGGUUAUCCCAAACCAAUCACCAUCUGGAAAGGCAUUCCUGACUCUCCGCAGGGGGCCUUCGUGGACAAGGCCAACGGCUUCACCUACUUCUACAAGGGAAAGGAGUACUGGAAGUUCAACAACCAGCUGCUGCGCGUGGAGCCCGGCUACCCGAGGUCCAUCCUGAGGGACUUCAUGGGCUGCGACGGCCUGCCCGCCGACCCCGACUGGGACUGGGACCCGCCGGCGGCGGAGGAGCGCCACUACGACAACGGUGACGUGGACGUGGUCAUCAAACUGGACAGCACGGGGGGCACGGAGAAAGCGGUGGCCAUCGCCAUCCCCUGCGUCCUGGCCCUGUGCAUGAUGGUCCUCCUCUACACCGUUUUCCAGUUCAGGAGGAAGAGCACGCAGCGCCACAUACUGUACUGCAAGCGCUCCAUGCAGGAGUGGGUCUGAG